AUGACUGAAUCUUUAAUAUCAACACUUGAAGAUAAAAUACCAAAUAUUAAAUUAAAUUGUAUAUCACAAGGCGCUGAAGCUUUAGUAUUUGAAUCGGAUACUCAUCCAUAUUAUAAUGACUCAAAAAAUUGUAUUAUAAAAUAUAGACCAUCAAAACCUUAUAGACAUCCAAAGAUUGAUUUACAAAUUACUAAACAAAGAACAAUUGGUGAGGUUAAAUUUAUGUAUAAAUUAUGUAAAUUAGGUAUACCUUGUCCUAAUAUAAUAACCACAGAUUUUCCAAAUGGUAUAAUAUGGAUGGAAUUUAUUGGUUAUAAAUUAGAAAAUAAUGAGAUUUCAAGUUUUAAAAAUUGGUUAUGGUAUUUAGAAAAAAAUGGUAAUGAUCAUGAUCCAUUGAAAAAAGAAGUAGAAUUUGUAUGUAUUAAAGUUGGUGAAUUGAUUGGUAAAUUACAUUUAAAUGAUAUGAUACAUGGUGAUUUAACAUCUUCAAAUAUGAUACUAGUUCAAGAUGAUGUACCACAUCUUAUAGAUUUUGGAUUAUCAUCAUUUUCGGGAUUACCAGAAGAUAAAGCUGUUGAUUUAUAUGUAUUAGAGAGGGCCAUAAUGAGUACUCAUUCAGUAUAUGCAGAAUCAUAUAAUCGAUGGUUAUUAAAAGGAUAUCAACAAGGAUAUACUAAUAAGUCAAAGUAUAAAGAAGUUAUUAAAAGAUUGGAAGAUGUUAGAUUAAGAGGUAGAAAGAGGAGUAUGCUUGGUUAA